CCAGUUUGCUUGUGGUAUAGAUUGUCCCAAUCGCCGCUCUCCUCUAGUGUUGAGUAACAGGAGAAUCUAGGGUAGAGGUUGUGUUUGUUUAUUGGAAGAGAGGAUCCCGCAGAGAAGUAGCAAGCAGCUGUUACAGCCUCAAGCACAGCAAGUGCACGCGAGGACAUGUGAGUUUGCAGUUAAAUAACUAAUGGUAGAGGAGCGCGCAUUCUGUAAUUCCUUGGAUGGUCGGCACUGAUUAAUGAUGGAGAAUUAUGUGUUCGAGUCCUCAGUGGAGAGAACGUUUCAGUAUCAGGAGACACUGCCGCAACUUCCAGUACCUUCACUAGAGGAGUCCUUGUCUAAAUAUUGUGAUGCAGUUAAACCAUUUUUAAGCCAAGAAGAGUAUGAACACACUUACAACAUUGUAAAAAAAUUUGAAAAUGGAAUAGGAAAAGAACUGCACCAAAAACUGCUUGAAAGGGCGAAAGUGAAAAGGAACUGGCUGGAGGAAUGGUGGCUGAAUGCGGCAUACCUGGAUGUGCGCAUGCCAUCUCAACUCAAUGUCAACUUUGGUGGCCCGGCACCCUACUUGGAACAUUACUGGCCACCCAAAGAGGGCACUCAGCUAGAAAGAGGAUCUAUAGCCGUGUGGUAUACACUGAAAUACUGGGAUCUUUUAAGGAGGGAGAAGCUGAGUGUACAUAAAAAUGGAAAUACCCCUCUUGAUAUGCAUCAGUUUAGAAACCUGUUCAACACUUGCAAGAUUCCAGGUGUCACUAGAGACUCCAUUGCCAACACAUUUAAAACUGAGAGUGAAGGUGUCUGCCCAACUCACCUGAUCGUCAUGAGCAACGGAAGGAUUUUCAGUUUUGAAGCCGUCUAUGAGGGCCUGAUGCUCACCCCACCAGAGAUACUGAGGCAACUUCAGAACAUACAAAAUAGAUGCAGCAAUGAGCCAAGGGGGAUUGGACUAGCAGCUCUGACUACUGAGGAAAGAACAUCCUGGGCACUGACUCGUGAACAUCUGAUUAACCUUGACCCCAAAAAUGCAUCACACUUGGAAAGGAUCCAGAGCAGUCUGUUUGUGGUGUCACUUGAUGAUGCAAAACCUUAUGGAACACCAGAAAAUUACAGCCAGAUCUGUACGCUUGCUCUAGCUGGAGACCCAACCAUACGCUGGGGUGAUAAAUCCUACAACUGUAUUGUAUGGAGCAACGGGGUACUUGGCUCUAACUGUGAUCAUGCACCCUAUGAUGCCAUGGUAUUGGUAGCUAUGUGCGAUUACAUUGAUAAGAACAUCAAAGCUUGUGAAGGGCUCUGGAAGGGUUCAGCAGAAAUACGGGAUCUUCCUUAUCCUGAAGAACUUGUCUUUGCUGUAGAUCAGAAGAUUAUGUAUUACAUCAGCCUUGCCAAAGAUCAGUAUUACAAACAGGUUGCUGAUUUACACGUUGCUAACUAUGCAUUUACAUCAUUUGGGAAAACGUCAGUGAAGAAGAAGAAGCUGCACCCAGAUACUUUUGUCCAGCUUGCACUUCAGUUGGCUUUUUAUAAACUUUAUCAACGCCCUGGUUGCUGCUAUGAAACCGCUACCACUAGGACUUUCUAUCAUGGGCGAACUGAGACCAUGAGGCCAUGCACAAUGGAAGCCAUAAAGUGGUGCCGCUGCAUGCUGGAUCCUUCUGCCAGUCUUGCUCAGCGCCAAGAUCUCAUGUUAAAAGCUUUUGAAAAGCAUAACAAAACGAUGAAAGAAUGCCAGCUUGGGAAAGGAUUUGAUCGUCAUCUUCUAGGUCUUCUUCUUAUUGCAAAAGAGCACGGUAUUGCUGUGCCUGAACUUUAUGCUGACCCAGCUUUUAAAAAAAGUGGUGGAGGUGGAAAUUUUGCCCUUUCUACAAGCCUUGUAGGCUACACUAAUGUCCAUGGAGCUGUGGUUCCCAUGAUCCACAAUGGUUAUGGUUUCUUUUAUAGAAUCCGUGAUGACCGGUUUGUGGUGGCCUGCACUGCCUGGAAAUCCAACCCAGAAACUGAUGCAGAGAAGUUUUGCCAGACGGUGUUCCAGAACUUCCAUGAGAUGAUUAAUGUGAUGGUUACAGCCCAGCUUUAAUGAAUCUACACACAUGCUUGUUUUUAUCAUACUUUUAGAAAUAAUGCACAGGAUUGAAUCAUUUGUUUACAAUUGUCUGAAACCAUAUUUUACUAUCAGGUUGUACAGAUAUAGCCAGCCUCAUUGUUCCUAGAGGCACUGCUAAAUAUCCCCUAUAGCUAAUGAUUUUGGCUUUCUAGGCUUAAUAUGCACUGAAUCACACAACCUACCCUGCGAUAUACCUCUUGGAAGGAACAAUUGAAGCUGACUAUAUCUGCAUCUCACAGAAGCAAUGCAAACCAAAUGCAAACAGCAAUACAGUAUGCAAAAUGCAAAAUCAAUGCAAAUUCACAUUUAAUUGCUCCUUUAUUUUUUAUCAUGUGCCCUUCUCUACGAUUUUUAAAUAAGUGAUCCCAGUGUAUAUUUUGUGCAUAAGAAAUAGAAUUUUUUUUUCCAGCGAUUGCCAUGAAUGGGGACAUACAUCUUUAAAUUUUUUUUGUAGCUUCAGUACAAUUCUGAACAUGCUCAGGACAUUUAAAACAAAAACUUUAAUGGAGUAAUCAAUUUUUUAUUUUUUUUAUUUUUUGCAUUCUGCGUGUGUUUUAUUUUACUUAUUCUUUUUACCCUUAAAUUAGUAAUGGGGGGAUUGCCUAGAUGAAUACCCACAUCAUAUUGGAUAUGAACUCAUUCAAGAAAUAACUGUCAUCUUAUGAGCAAGCAUUCCCUGUAAUUUAAUUAUAAUUAAGUCUUUAAUUACUGGCUUAUACGGUUUCUUGAUGUGUGUGUUCAUAUCUAACACAGAGUUAUUACUCACACUUCAGAGUACAUAGAGUAAGUUGUAUAACAUAAUUAAUAGUUCUAGCACUCACUGAAUUUGUAAUGGUAUUUCUAUUUUAAAGUUGUGAUGCCUCAACUUUAAUAAAAUGGAAUUUACGUUAAAAAAA